AAUUUACUUUAAUAGGCUAAUCACCAAACCGCAAAAAAAAAAAAAAAAGCUUCAUAACUUUUCACACCGGUUAUGACUUCGACUAUCCAAGUGAUCAGGUGUGUUUUAAAAGCUGAAUGGUGCUAAACUCGUCACGCGCUCGCCAGUGAGUAUCCCAGCACGGGAUUCCCAAUUUGUUCAAAAUCCACAUGCACAUAUAUAUUUUUUAAAGCAAAUACAAGUAGAUGUGUUAGGAGAUGAGCUUUUCAAAACAGGCGUAAUCCCUUUAAAACUCCGGUGUGCUGAAUGGCAGCGAAACUCGCCGAUGCUCGCGUUUAAAAGCGCGAGCGCUUUUCCGCCCUUCCUUCAUUCCGCACUGAGCUCGUCGACGCGCAACAUGGACACGACGUGUUGCAGAGGAACGCCACGUUUUCCACCGAGAGCGCCAGCGAACACCUUCAGCAUCGAUUAUAUCCUCUCAUCGGGACACCGCAAGCCCACGGCGGACAUCCAGGAGGCUUACACACAACCCAAAGUGAUCAUGCGUGGAGCUUUAUUUCCAACCUUCACGACCAGGCCUUUCGUCGGUGCCUUCGGAUCGGCGUGCGUUUACGCUCCUCACGUAUACCACCACCGCCAGAACGCUGCGUACAGACACACGGAGAGGCGACUUCCUGAUGGACACCGGACAUCUGAUUUAACAUACACCGGAGAUUUCAGCCUGAAGACGUGCAGGCGGAUCCGCACGGUGUUCAGCGCGGAGCAGCUCCACAAGCUGGAGGAGGUUUUCGCAAAGCAGCGCUACAUGACCGGCUCGGAGAAAGUGCUGCUCGCCUCGGCGCUGCGGCUCACCGAAACCCAGGUGAAAGUAUGGUUUCAGAACAGGAGGACCAAAUGGAGGAAGAGUCGAGAGCUCGGAGAACAAGUGAAGGAGGAGUGCAAUGACUUAAAGCAGGAGACGUUCACUGGAGGAGAUGGAGAGCUCAAGUCUGUGGACAGUGAUGAAGCUCCUGAAACAUGAACACGGAAACAUAUGGGAAUCUCUUAGCGUUCUUGUUAAACAAGAAAUCAAGGCAUCAUGUCACUAUGUGGCUUUAUAACCAGUACUGUUUAUUUAUAUAUAUAUAUAUAUAUAUAUAUAUAUAUAUAUAUAUAUAUAUAUAUAUAUAUAUAAACAGUAUAUAUUUAGAGCGCUUUUAGUUAAUGAUGAAAAUGAAAUUGUAUUAUAAUUCUUUUAUUUUUUUUAAUUUUUUGGAAUAAUUAUUGUUUCAGCUCGUGCUUGACGUUUCAUCCAUUGUUGAAUUUUGUGUUUUAUUGUUAGCAUUUUAUUAAUAUUCUUUUCCGAAUGUUGCAUUUGCCUGUUUGCGUGUUUUUCUUGAGAUUAAAUAAAUCAUUUGUUGCAA